AAAAAAAAAAUUCAAUUUUUUAAAGAAAUUUGUUAGCUGAACUUGAUGUAAAACCAAUUUCAGGCCGUCAACUUUGUGACAGCGUAAACUAAUUUCAAACAACUGCAAAAAAUAAAAUAUAAAAAUGGGCAAGAAACAGAAGAUGAAGAAGGCUGCAGCCGCCGCUAAAGCUGCAGCGGCUGCUGCUGCCGCUGCUGAUGCUGCUCUCGGCAUGCAAGAAGUCGCUGCAACUGACAACAACAACAACAACAAGAGCAGCGAAAAUAACAAGAAGAGCGCAUUGAAAGCAGGCGCUCGUGACAUGCGCUCGAAUAUACAAAAGUUGAUGAAGUUGGCCAAAGACUUGGAAACGAAGGAGGACAAAGCUAAAGCUAAAGCUGCCGCCGCCUCAUCGGGUUCCGGUUCAUCGGCUACAGACAGCUGUGACAGCGACGAUGAUGCCACCGUGGUGCAAGACGAGCGGGACAACGAGUUGGAAACAACUGUGGCUGCAAUUGGAGGAGCUGCUUCAGCUGGUCGCGAUGAGUUCGUGCCGAUUUCAAAGUGUUCGCGUGGCGAGAAGAAGGCACGUCGCCUACUGAUGAAGCUCGACCUCGAACCGUUGCAGAACGUUUCGCGUGUGACCAUGCGCAAGGCGAAGAACGUGCUGCUUUUCAUCGAUCAUCCGGAGGUCUUCAAGUGUCCCAACACCAAGACGCUGAUCUGCUUCGGUGAGGUGCGCAUUGAGGACACCUCGAAUGCAGCCGCUGCCCAGGCAGCCGAACGUUAUCUCAACGACUCGAGCAUACGUUCGCAUUCGCCAUCAAAGGAUGCCGAUCAAUUGAGUGCUGCUAAGCAGUUGCAGGAGGAUGAUGACGACGAGGUUGUCGAUGAUAGUAAACUGGAUGAAAAGGACAUCGAACUAGUGCAAAUGCAGGCGGAAUGUUCGCGUCAAAAGGCUGUCAAGGCGCUGAUCAAGCACAACAGCGAUGUGGUCAAUGCCAUCAUGGACCUGACUGUGGGAUAAGCAACAGCGACGACAACAAUAACAACAGCAGCAGCUGCUCUUAUUAAAUUCCAAUAUAAAUUUUUGUGUAGCAUACUUUCGAGCGCACACUUAAUUUGCAUAUGCGCUAAAUGUUUGCUACGGUCUUAAUGAAUGGAAUUAAAUGAGAACAAAAAAGAAAAACAAAAUUCACAAACAACAGUUUAUAAAACUAG